AUGCCGCUGUUGCCCACCCACACAAGCGGCUCGACUGUCAGUGCCAGCAGUGACCUGGCCACAAUGACGACACUCUUUGGGGACAACGUGACUAUAAGUAGCACACCGCUGGCAUCGAUCCCAACCAGAACACCACAGCCCAGCAUUACGCCUCCAAUCACGAACAAUGCCUUCGCGCAAUCUCUUCGUAACUUGAAGCACCUGUGGCCGAUGCUGAUGACCUUUGUGGCGGUCACACAAUUUGUAUCACACGAAUGA